AUGAAAGAGAAGCUGCCUCUCGAAAUUGUGGAAAAUAUAUUCACAAGACUACCCGUCAAAUCCCUUCUAAGAUUCAGGUGCGUUUGCAAAUCAUGCAACUCUUUCAUCAAAAGCUCGACUUUUAUAGCUGCCCACCUUUCCCAAUCCAUCGUUGCUACCAAAAAUAGAGCUCUGCUCUUACUUAGUUACGGUCCACAAAGAAACUACGAAAUCCACACGACCACAAAAGAAACAGUCAUUAAAGUUCAAGACCUGGAUUCCUCAUUUUCGCACUGCCGACUAAUCGGUUGUUGCCAUGGAUUGAUUUGCCUUACAGCCCGCCAACGCUUUGGUGGCUUUGUUUUCAUUAUAUGGAACCCCUUGAUUAGAAAAUCUGUGACCUUCACUGAACCUGACAACUACUUUGGCUCAUGCUUUAUUAGUAAUGGUUUUGGCUUCGAUUCUGGCACCAAUGACUAUAAAGCGGUGAGUAUUGUGCAAUUUGCACACAGAGUACCUGUUUCGCCUGUGGUUCGAAUUUACUCUUUGAAUGCAGGCUCUUGGAAAGACAUAUCUGAGCGUGCUCCUGCAUGUAAGAUGAUUGAGAUCAACUGGACGCAGCCUUUUGUCAAGGGAGCUGUUCAUUGGUUGGCCUCUCGUAGGGAAGGCAAUAACAGUUUAAGCUACUACCAUAUGAUUUUGUCCUUGGGUAUGAAUGAUGAGGCAUUCCAUGAGAUGAUAUUACCUCGGAGUUUAGCCCACGGAUACAGUCCACAAGAAAUACAUGUUUCUGCAUUUCAGGACUCCAUUACACUGCUCCACUUUUUUAACAAGAAAUAUUUGUCUAUUUGGGUGAUGAAAGAGUAUGGUGUUGCCGAGUCCUGGACUGAAAACUUGGUUGUUGAUCUGGAAAUUAAUAUGCCUCACAAUGUGUCAAGGUUAUUGAGUUUUAGAAGCAAUGGUGAGCUGCUGCUGGAAAUUGAUGACGGAGAGGUUAUCUUAUAUGAACCUGAGACUGAGAGCAAACAGAUUUCGUUACUUCGGAUUAUUGGGGAUCAAGAUUAUCGUUUUCUAGAUUCUUACAAUGAAAGCCUACGUUUAUUGGACAUCAAUUCAAAUGUUGUAUCUCCUUCUGUAACCAAUGAAGAAGAGCAUACAGGUAGCUAG